GCGAAGCAAGUAGCACAUGUCUCGAUCAGAACUUCGGAAGUGUGGUGCCUCGCCGUGGCUAUAAAAGGUCUUUUCUUGACCAUCAUCAUGUUGUUGAGUGCCAUCCCUGUCAUCAAUGUUCAACAUAAUGUGGGCCCUUGCGUCGCUGCUGCUUGCAAGUCUUGUCCGAGCAGCUAUCCCCAACGCAAUGCUUCGCGGCAGGCCUUCUCUCCCAAAGCUCCCACUGCCGGAUCGUUUCAUCACUCCGCCGAAUGGCACGGUACUCCCACCCAUUACGACUGUCUAUUACUUUGAUCAGCUCAUCGACCACAAUAAUCCAGACCUCGGGACUUUCCAGCAGCGGUAUUGGAUGAACUGGGAGUUUUACGAGCCCGGUGGCCCCAUCAUCUUGAUGACACCCGGAGAAGAUCCCGGGGAUGACUCCGUGGUCUUCACUACCAAUGAAACCAUCAACGGUCUCAUCGCUCAACAACAGAAUGGUGCAGUCAUCAUCAUCGAACACCGUUUCUUUGGCUAUUCAAAUCCAUACGACAACCUCACGUCACAAUCUCUCGCGCUCCUUACCAUCCAGCAGGCCAUUGAUGAUCUCGAGUAUUUCGCGAAAACUGCUGACCUUCCCAUGCCUGGGGGUAAUGCUGUGAAACCAGGUCAGACCCCUUGGAUACUGAGCGGAGGAAGCUACUCGGGGGCCCUCACAAGUUGGACGAUGGUCAACAAACCAGGACUUUUCUGGGCCGCAUAUGCAUCCUCUGCGGUCGUAGAAGCAAUCACUGACUAUUAUGGCUAUUUCACCCCUAUUCGCGAGUACAUGCCGCAGAACUGUUCCUCUGAUGUAGAGGCAGUGAUUACCUACCUGGAUGAGUUGUACGGAGCUAACGACAUGGCUGGAAUCCAGACCCUCAAGGAGGCAUUUGGCCUCGGCGAUGUCGUACACGUAGAUGAUUUCGCCAGUGCAAUUCAAUCCAACUUGUUCGACUGGCAAAAUCUGCAGCCUGAUGCCGGCCCAGGAGCAAUGUUCUUCCAGUUCUGUGAUGCACUCGAGGUUAAGAACGGUGUCAGUGCCGGACCUGAGGGAUGGGGACUUGAAAACGCCAUCAAAUCUUGGGGAAACUUUUGGAAUACUACAUACUACUACGACGAUGUCUGUGGAUCCGAGGAUGCUGAAGCUUGUUUUGGGACGUAUGACACGAGCCAGCCCUACUGGACUAAUGUUACCGUGAAUAAUGCAGAGAGGUCGUGGUUUUGGAUGGUAUGCAAUCAAGUCGGAUGGUACCAGGUUGGUCCUCCUGAGGGCCAGCCUGCAAUUGUGAGCCGCAUCCUCCAACCCAUUUACGAUCAGCGCCAAUGCGUAAACAUGUUUCCUCAAGCGUUCACCUAUCCACCCCAGCCGACCACUACACAGAUCAAUGCAAUGUAUACCGGUUGGAACGUGAAUGUUCCACGUCUCUUCUUCGCCAACGGCCUGCGCGACCCUUGGCGUGAAUCAACUGUCUCUGCUGAUGGACUGAAUAAGCCUGACAAUCCCAGCAUGCCGAUCUAUGAGGGUGAUGGAUUCCAUGGCUCGGAUUUUAUCACGAAGAAUGGCAUUGUAGACCCAACUGUCGCGGUCGUGCAGGAAGCAGCAUUAAGGUACAUGAAGGAGUGGCUUGCUGAGUGGAGGCCGUCCGCAUGAUUGCAGCCACUCCAUUUUCUCUG